GCUAUAAUGAAUUCAAUAGGGAGGGAGGGAGGGGGAGAAUCCAAUCCGGUUUGAGCUAGUUUUUGUUCCAAUGGAACAUUAAGGUUUGCUACGCUGUAAUAGAACGUAGUGUUUGAAUCUUAUACCAACAUACAGUAUUUUUCUUGCUCCGUUUUGGAACAGUUCCCUCUUUAUUUGAACUUAUACGCAAAACAGCCAUGCCUAAAAGGAGCAAAGCAAGCGCUGAUGUUGAGGCAGCAGAGCCUAAGAGGAGAUCUGAGAGAUUGGUAAAUAAACCUGCAAUUGCAAAGGCAGAGCCCAAGCCAAAGAAGGAGAAGGCAGCACCUAAGCCCAAGAAGGCUAAAGAGGUGAAAAAGACCGAGCCUGAGAAGGAGGUGCCCGCAGAGAAUGGAGAAGCCAAAGCUGAGGAAGAGGCACCAGAAGAACCUGAACAGAAAGAGGAGGAAGAGGCGGCCGAAUAACAUCUCUCAAACCACAUCUUUUAUCAGUGCUCCCUGUACCUCUUUUUCUUGUACAAUUCAGGGGUAUAUUUUUAUCGACUAUUUUCUAAAUGCAGGUUUUUUAGUAGUUUGAUUGUAGAAACACAUUUUUUUAUGAAAUAAAAAAUACAAUUUGAGAUGGGGAUUUCAUUGCAUCCCAUGUUUUUACAUCUCUGGAACAAUUACGGUCAUUGUAAAUGUCAACGGUUUUUAUUUUCGCUAUGGGGGAGGGGUGGGAAUGGGACAGGUUACUACACCAAGAACAUGCAAGCACGUCGUUUACAGGAUCUGGUCAAAACAACAGAGAGCUUGUCUGAGAGACUAACAUUCCAUAGGCUAUAUGAGGGAAGGUAUACGUAACCUGCAUUGUGUGGUGGGGAUGAAUUAACUCAAGGGGGAACACAUUGUUUUAUUGUUUAUAAUGAGGAAAACAUUUUAAGGUGUUUAAACUGUGUUCCAUAUGUUAACUCUUGUACUCAUUAUGUUUUUCUUUACCAUUCUGCUUAAUAAACCUAUUCCCUAGUACUGGAGUUCCUCCCUAUCAGGCCUGUGCAUUGGGUGUAAUUGGUUGGCUCUGUUCUGUGAUAGCAUUGCAAUAAAUUUGUAUAGCUGCUAUUAAAAGGGGUUUUCAACUUUCUAUAUGCAGUGUGUAAUGGUACAUUGUGAGUAUGGUAAAAUGGAAUUGUGUUCUUAGCCAAGCUAAAGAAGUACAUAAGUUAAAUAUACUGACGAUUAUGGUUCCUUGGAUGCUGAGAAACUGUACAUCCAUUUGAGCUGUCAAAUACACAAACCAGCAGUAGCAAUAUUCAUGUGGGGUUUAGGUAUCAAGUACAAGUGUACAGUUCUUUUAUCCUUUGUUUAUAGAUGUAUCUGUGUAAUGAUUGGUAUAAACAAACCAAUAAAAAUUUGGUUGUA